AUGGGCGCUUGGGCCCUGCUGCUGCCACUGCUCAUGGCCACGGCUCAGGCCCAGGUCUGCUCUGUGAACAACUUCUUCGAAGUCCAGGAGAACACGAAUCAGAGCGGGCCCCUGGCUGACAUCUACGUCCCCAAGGGCCAGCAGGUGACCCUCGGGCCGUCGUCCACCCCCUACGCGUUCUGGAUCCAGGGGAAUCAGCUGUUUCUCAACGUGACUCCUGACUAUGAGGUGCAGACGGCAGACCUGGGCGGACACCCCAAUGGGGGCCGCUGGGAGAACACGAUGCUGCAGGCGCACCUGGAGUGCAGAAGUGGCGACACCGUGGUGACCCAGCUGAGAGUGCUGGUGUUCGUGCUGGACAUCAAUGACAACGCGCCCGAGUUCCCCUUUAAAAUCAAGGUGAAGAAAAUACCUGAGGACACUAAAGUGAAUACCACUGUCAUCCCUGAGACGGAACUGGAGGCCCGGGAUCUCGACAAGGAUGACAUCUUGUUCUAUACCCUCCAGGAGGUGACCCCGGGCGCCAGUAACUUCUUCUCCUUGGUGGGUACCAACCUCCCUGCCCUGCGGCUGGACCAGCCACUGGACUUCUACUCAUGGCAGAACAUUACCUUCCGGCUGCUGGUGCGGGACACACAGGAGGAGAAUGCAGAGCCCAGCCACACGGCCACAGCCACCUUGGAACUGAAGGUGCAGCCUGCUGACCUUCGCCCUCCCUGGUUCCUGCCCUGUGGCUAUUCAGACCCUUACAUCUGCAUCAACGCUGAGUACCACGGGGCUGUCCCCCUGGGGCACAAACUGCCAGCCCCCCUCGUCCUACAUCCUGGGCCCAUCCACGCUGUGGACGGGGAUCAGGGCAUCAACCAGCGCAUCCUCUACAGCAUCAUGCAGGGACAAGAUGGCACGUUUGCCAUCGAUGCUGACUCGGGCAACCUUACCAUGACCAGAAGCGUCCCCAGCCCAAAGACCUUCACUCUGCUGGUCAAGGGUGAACAGGCAGACCGUGCCCGCUACUCGGUGACCUGGGUCAGGAUCGAGGCCCGAAAUGCCACUGGGAGCCUACCCUACUUCCCCAAGAGCCGGCACCAGCGCCACUGCAGGUGGGUUGGGGGGGUCACGGGGGCAGCCUGGACCCAGGACUCACUGGGCAGUGUCCAGGACCUCAACUCUGCCAUCACAUAUCGCAUCACCAAUAACACCAACUUCCGGAUGGAUGGCGAGACUGUGCUGACCGCUGCCCUGCUGGCCGAUGAGGGGGUCUUCUAUGCAGAGGUCGAGGCCAGUAACACAGUGACUGCAGGCACAGCAACCACUGUGGUGGAAAUACAGGUGCUGGAGUGGGAGGAGCCCCCGCCCACAGGGCCACCCCAGACUGGAGGAGGCAGCACUCCGGGGAACGGCGAGCCAGGGAUCAGCCAAGCUGAGGACCGGCGCUUCUCUGUCGUGGACAUGGCGGCCCUGGGCGGGGUGCUGGGCGCGCUGCUUCUUCUGGCUCUGAUUGCCCUCCUUAUCCUCAUCCACAAGCACUACGGCCAGCCGCUCAAGUGUUGCUCCGGAAAAGCUCUGGAUCGCCAGCCCCUCCGCUUUGACAACCAGGCCUUUGUUGCCCCCCAGGAGGACAACUGGGCGCCAGCUCCCCGCUCCUCACCUGGCCCCACCCGGGCUGCGGCCCCGGAGCCCCCAGAGCCCCCGGAGCCCCCGGAGCCCCCGGAGCCUGCGCCCCCAGAGCCCCCCAGCGCCGCUGCCGCGCGCCCCGCCCCAGAGUCCCCCGAGGUGGCCCGCGAUGGAGGCGGCCCAGCGGCUGUGAGGUCCAUCCUGACCAAAGAACGGCGGCCCGAGGGCGGCUACAAGGCCGUGUGGUUCGGGGAGGACAUUGGGGCUGAGGCCGACGUGGUGGUCCUCAACACGCCCGCCUCAGACGCGGCCCGCGCCGCCGACUCUGGCAGCGAGGUCAGCAGCGACGAGGACGCGGACGCGGGUGCUGACGACGACGCGCCGGACGCCGGCUCCACCUACGUCUAG